AUGACAGUCCCAAUAGAGAGAGUACUUGGGAUCCAGUGGUGCGUAGAAUCAGAUACGUUCAAGUUUAACAUACAGGCUAAAGAUCAACCUCCCACCCGACGUGGAAUUCUUUCCACAGUAGCUUCAAUUUACGAUCCACUGGGAUUUCUCGCUCCAUUUAUCCUCAUUGGCAAACGAAUUCUUCAAGUAAUGUGUAGGAAAAACAUAGGUUGGGAUGAGCCGCUAUCUGAUAAUUUACGGCCAAUAUGGGAUAGGUGGAAAGCUGAUUUUGAGAAUUUAAAAGCUGUUCAAGUACCAAGGAGUUACAAACCACACGACUUUGGCAAGAUCCUGAGCACUGAGCUGCAUCACUUCUCAGAUGCCAGCACCAGUGGUUAUGGUCAUUGUUAA